AUGCACCAGCGACCAAUAGGUCGUUCUUCAAGUUUGGUUCAUUGUUUAGCAGUGUUUUUAUCCAUAGCAACUGCCGUUAUAUCAAUAUUGAUACUGAAACAAAAAACCCAUGAUUUAAGUCGAUCAAGUAUAAUUUCCUUAAUUACUGGUGAAUUAUUAUCAGUGCUAUCAUUACCUUUGUUAUUGUUCAAUUCUAAAACAGCAUUAUGGGGGUUGUUUACUUUAGGAGGUUUAUCAACUGCACUUUCAUUGGGAGCUGGUCUCGCAUUGAUUAAUAACCUCAUCUCAUCAAACAUAGUUGGAAACAUGAAUCCUAAGCUGCUAACUUCAUUAUUAUCAUUAAUUGUUUCUUCCCAAUUGCUCCAUGGACUGUCAUUAAGUACCCAUUUGCAUUCAAUUCAAGAUUUUAGCCAUUUGUUCAUAACUGAGCAGGAAAAACACGAUAUUGACAGCCUGAAGGAAAAAGUUGUCACUUUGAAAGCAUCAGCAGCAACAUUAGUGGAAAGUAGAAAAACUUCAGGAAACCAAGAAAGUGUUGUGAACCAUCAAAGUAUCCACAGUAAAAACAACCAAAAUAGUGAACAACAAUCUUCAAUUUUCCAAUCAACCAAAUCUCGCUUUAGUUCUAAAGUUAGUUUAAAUUCAUCAAAUGAUGUGAACAAAUCAAACAAACUGAGUAUUCCAUCACAUUCCAUAAAGAAACUUUCAAUGAUCAACCAAUCAAGCUCAUCAACCAACAUUUCAAUUGCACAAUCUCACCAACCAACUAUAGAAACAACAACAACUCCUAUAGAUACAAACUUCAAGAGUGCACUUACAGCAAAGAAUUUGAUUUUGGAAAGAGAUGCAUUGAGGAGAAUACCCAGUGCAUUAUUACCUCCACAUUUAAAACCACAAACAAAACAAGAGCAACAGCAACAAUCUUCUAAGCCUCAACCUUCUUUAAUGAUCAAAACAUCACAAAGUCAAUCGAAUUUGACCCAUGGAACACUCAAAGAAAACAUUCCAGAAUCUAUACCUCGGGCUGCAACAUUCAGUAAUAUUUUCACAAAUCCUCCUUUUGAACUAAACAAUGGAAUGACAACCAUUACACCAACUGAUUAUGAAAAUAGUUAUGAAAAUUUUCAGUUUAAUCAAUUGAGAGCACCUAUUGAACCAUCCAAGAGGUUGAUGAAGUCCGCACAUUUUGGUGAAUUUAGUUCUGCUGAAGAAGAGGGUGAAGACAGAUUCUCUUUGAGUGAAGACGAAGAAGAUGUUAUUUCAAAUAAUGGUUCAGAGGUUUCAAAUAAAUCCACAGAGGAAGCAUUGAAAUUUGUUCAAGAUGCACAUGAAAAAGGGUCAAAUGAAUUUAUUAGAGAUGUGAUUGAUCAAUCAAAAUCAACUUUACAGCUAGAAAGGGUCACCACACCAACUACUUUAACAAAAAGUAAAAGUCAUUCACCUCACAAAUCAAUUUUCAAGAGCCAUCACAAUAGAAAAGAUUCAUCAACAUCUGUCAGUUUCAAAAACUUUAGCGUCUCAAUGCCAUCAUCACCAAGAAGAAAAUCCAUAAUAAACUCACCCAAGAAACUGAGAAUCAAAAACCUAUCAUUAUCAAGUAUCGUCUUCAAAGAUACCGAAGAAGAACUUCCAAAUCUUUCCUAUGUUCAUGAACUUCAAAGCUCACCAAGUAAAAAACGUCGUGCUUCAGUAGUGACCACAACUCCAACCAAGAAUAAACAUUUUGAUAAUAUUCUAGCUGAAAAAUCGAAUACAACACCAGAAUCAAAUUGGUCAGAAAACUCACACAAGAGUGUUUUCCCAUCAGAAGUGAUUGGUGAAUAUGACAAGGAGAAGUGGAAAACCAUGGAAAGACUGCACUUAGUCAAGCAGCAAGAGACUUUAAAAGAUGAAGCUGCUAGCUACCCUGGACCAAGUACUGCAUUAUAA